GUGUGUGUGUGUGUUUUGGGUACAGGAGGGGAGCUCCGUCUCUCUGCACAGACCGAGCUCGGAGCAUCAGUGAGCGGCGGAGAGGAUGCGGGACGGCGGUGUGUGUGUAGCGGAUCUACCGGGCGUGUAAAAAGCAGGACGAUAUGAGUGUGACAUCUGAACUGAACGCUAUUAUUGUCGGCAUUGUUGGAUUUUUUUUUUCACCGAGUGAAUCUGGACGUGGAUCUGCAAUGGAGCGUCGAUCCUGUGAGAGCUGCUGACCGUGUGUGUGUGUGUUUGUGAGCUAAUAUUACAGACAAUAAUGAAAGGAGAUUAGCCAUUAGGCAUAGACACAGCUCAGAAUAUCUUGGUAAUUAGUCGGUUUUUUCUAAGGGACUGUGGCUAUUUUCCUUUUAUGAUAUAAUCAGGUAGCAUUACUGAAUGUGUUAUUAAUGAUUUAAAAAAAUCAAUGGUUACACAAUUUGUUGGCAGACAGCAGGCUGAUUAAAGGCCUAUUUUGAUUGUCAUUUUAUAAAGUGUCCUUUUGUUGCUUACAACGAGAGAGGCAAUCAUGUCUAAAAAUAAAAGCAGCGAGUCAGUGAAGGUGGUAGUUCGAUGCCGGCCCUUGAACCGGAGAGAGGAGUCCAAUGGGCCUGCAGGGAGCAUCGUGAAGAUGGACAUCCGGCUCGGACAGGUGAUCCUCAGAAACCCUCGAGCCACAGCCAGCGAGCCCCAGAAAACAUUCACAUUCGAUGCAGUUUAUGAUGCAAACUCCAAACAGCGAGAUCUGUACGACGAGAGCGUGAGACCUCUGAUAGAUUCGGUUCUCGCAGGGUUCAAUGGCACCAUAUUUGCGUACGGACAAACCGGAACUGGGAAGACGUACACCAUGAUGGGGGCGUGGAUGGACCCCGAGAAACGUGGCGUGAUCCCCAACGCUUUUGAUCACAUCUUCACACACAUCUCCCGCUCACAGUCUGAUAGGCAGUACCUGGUGCGGGCGUCCUAUCUCGAGAUCUACCUGGAGGAGGUUCGGGAUCUCCUGGAUCCGAACCACGGGAAUGCCAGAGCCCUGGAGCUCCGGGAGAAUCCGGACUCUGGGGUUUACGUUCGUGACCUCACAUCGUGUGUCUGCAAGAGCAUCAAGGAGAUUGAGGAGGUGAUGAACGUGGGCAACCAGGCGAGGGCGGUUGGGGCGACGGACAUGAACGAACACUCGUCCCGAUCCCACGCUCUGUUCCUGAUUACAGUAGAGUGCAGCCAGCCUGGACCAGAUGGGAGGAAGCACAUCCGGGUGGGACGCCUCAACCUGGUGGAUCUUGCUGGAAGUGAGCGUCAAGCGAAGACAGGCGUCCAGGGUGAGCGCCUGAAGGAGGCCGCCAAGAUCAACCUGUCCUUGUCGGCGCUGGGGAACGUGAUCUCAGCGCUUGCCGAUGGGCGCAGCAGCCAUGUCCCGUACCGAGACUCCAAGCUGACCCGGCUUUUGCAGGACUCUUUAGGCGGGAACGCAAAAACUGUCAUGGUCGCCACUUUGGGCCCGUCCCCGCAGCACUACGACGAGACCCUCACCACUCUACGUUAUGCCAACAGGGCCAAGAACAUCCAGAACCAGCCCAGAGUCAACGAGGAUCCAAAGGACGCUCUACUGCGAGAGUUCCAGCUGGAGAUCGCUCGUCUCCGGGCUCAGCUUCAUCACAGGAAGUGGAGGAGCAAACAGAAGAAGGAGCAGGUGGACGGAGAGGACUGGGAAGGAGAUGUUGAUGAGGAGACGGAUGGCGAGGAGGAAAAGGCGGUGGAGGAGUACGUGAAGCUGGAGGAGCAAAGGCUGGAAAGGGAGAAACAGGACAUCAGAGAAGAUCAGUUCAUGUUGGCUGAUGAGAAGCAGAGGCUCCUGGGAGAGAAGGAGAGGAUGAUGGGAGAUCUGAGGAAGGAGCAGGAGGCCACAGAACAACUGACCGCCAAGUACAAGGCAAUGGAGAGCAAGCUGCUGGUCGGUGGGAAGAACAUCAUGGAUCACACCAACGAGCAGCAGAAGAUGCUGGAGAUGAAGAGGCAUGAGAUUGCUGAGCAGUCGAGCAGUGAGAGGGAGAUCCAGCAGCAGAUGUUGGUGCAGGACGAGGAGACGGUGGAGCUCAGAGAGACGUUCACCUCUCUGCAGCAGGAGGUGGAGGCCAAGACUAAGAAGCUCAAGAAGUACCUGAAGCUGUAUGCCAAGCUUCAGUGCAUUAAAGCGGAGAUCCAGGACGUGAACGACGAGCACGUGAGGAGCCGGCAGGAGCUGGAGCAAACCCAGAACGAGCUCACCAGAGAGCUCAAGUUCAAGUAUCUGAUCAUCGAGAACUUCAUCCCUCCGGAGGAGAAGAAUAAGAUCAUGAGCCGACUGAACUUCGACACCGAGGAGGACCAGUGGAAGUUUCAGCCUCUGGUUCCCGCAGAAAGUAAAUCCUCGCAGAUGAAGAAGAGGCCGGCAUCUGCAGUUGGAUACAAACGACCAAUCAGCCAGUACGCCAGGGUUGCUAUAGCAAUGGGACCUCACUCCAGAUACAGGGCUGAGAACAUCAUGUUUCUGGAGCUGGACAUGACUCCUCCGAACACCGCCUCUCUGGACCGAUCCACAGACUCUGAGCCGAACCAAAGCCCCUCUCUGGACGGAUCGCCCACCAAGGAGGGCGGCGUCCGCAAGUCCCGCUCCUGGUGCCAGACUCCAAAAUCCAUCACUUCCUCUUCUUCUAAUGUCUCCUUGGCGGCGUGUCACACUGCCACACCGAUGACGGCGCAGUAAAGCUUUAGUGGAGAGGAUUUAUUUUAUUGUUAUUUAUUAAAUUCCUCCACUUCUUCUUCCUUCUUUUUCUCUUUAAAAUGUUGGCCAGUGAUCCUUUAAAAGACUUCUGAGACACACCUGAGGGGUGAUAAACUAAAUUACAUGUGAAGGAUAGGCUAAAAAGGAGGUGAUAAACUACAGGACAAGAAACUAAAUUACCUAAUGAACUUCAGAAACUCUUUGAAACGUCACUUCCUGCUGUUCUACGGAUGUAAAGACCCACCAAAACCUCUCUUCCUUUGCAUGUUCGAGCCUCGGAUCAUCCUUUAAAACAGCUCAGUGUGUGUGUGUGUGUGUGUGUGUGCGUGUGUGCGUGCGUGCGUGCGUGCGUGCGUGCGUGCGUGCGUGCGUGCGUGCGUGCGUGCGUGCGUGCGUGCGUGCGUGAGUGUGUCUGUGCGUGUGUGCGUGUGUGUACAGGGCUGUAUGAUUGCCAGUGUGUGUGUGUGCUUUAACUGUACACUGAUCUGAGAGCUCACAAACUGCUUGAAUCGCCUGUAAGAUAUAAGUGUAAAUAUUUCAUGUAUUUGGGGGGGGUUCGGGGCAGGCUUCGUCUGUUUUCUGUGUAAAAGUGGGGACAGUUGGAUAAGAAAUGCAAGAAGAAAAGUAGAAAAUAUUGGUGUGAUGUGUGUAUUUGUUGGUCAGAUGAGCUGCUGCGAUGACCGUUAACACAGCUGUUUUCUGUCAUUAUUCCUCUGUGUGUCCUCCACUCUCUGAUCUUAAAAGCAAAGCCUUAAAAUAAUGAUUACAAUUGAAUAAUGUGAGGUUGUCACACACAAAACACUUGACUUGGAUUUUUAUUCAUAAAAGUCCAUCAGGUGAAAUGUGUACCUCUUUAAGAUCAGUUUCCAAGGUCCAUUUACCACAGUAACAUCACUAAGGUACUAAUCGAGCCUAAAAUCACAGGAACGGUAGCUUGAUGAAAACAAAGUGUUAACUGACUGA